AUGCGUCUCCUUCCCUUCCUCGGGGCUAUAUGGCCAGUUUUUGGCACUAUUCCUCCAAAACUAACUCAUAGAGGAAUCUCUCCCUCACUCCUAGCCGACCUCACCCUUCUCUCCCAGUACUCUGCCGCCGCAAGCUGCAGGGAGAACUUCAACUCCUCAGCUGCCGGGUCUCCUGUGUACUGCGCCGCCGAAUACUGUCCACUCAUUGAAGCUGCCAAUACAGAGAUUCUCUACGCAUUCUCGGGCAUUCUCCCCGGCGACACAACAGGCUAUAUAGCCGCCGAUAACACAAACUCACUCCUCGUCGUCUCCUUCCGCGACACCAUGUCCGAUGCAAAUCGCCACACUGAUCUCGAAUUCGGGCAACUAGACAUAUCCUCUACAUGUCCAGGAUGCCGCGCACAUAGGGGGUUCUGGCUUGCAACUGCGUCUGUAAAUAGGUCAUUGAGAAGAUUAAUAUGGCUCGCGAGACUUAGGCACCCUGGGUACAGACUCGCCGUGACGGGACAUAGUCUAGGUGGAGCUAUUGCAACGAUUUAUGCCGUUCUUUUGAGGGGGGAACGGAUUGGCGUCGAUUUGUAUACAUUCGGCGCGCCCUCGGUUGGGAACUACGCGCUCGCCAAUUUCACCACGGGGGGAGAACAGGACCGAGGGACGAACUACCGCGUGACGCAUCUAGAUGAUGAAAUCCCAAAGGUUCUAUAUCGUGCUUCGAGGGAGCCGGUUCUCGGCUUGUUUAUGCCGGAGUAUAGCCAGUUGGCACCGGAGUACUGGAUUACGUCUGCCAACGGAGUGGCUGUUACAGUGGAAGUUGUGCAGGUUAUUGAUGGUGUGAAUAAUAUUCCACACAUCUCAAGCUGGAUCAACGGCCAAUACUCACCCCCAACCCCAACCACCAUCCCAGUCCUCAACCCAGCAACCGAAUCCCCCCUCGCAACCAUCAAUGCAACAGACACCGAAACAGCCAAUGCCAUCAUCACAUCCUCCUGGACCAACUUCCACUCAGGAAUCUGGUCCCAGAAAGACCCAAGCGACAGAUUCACCAUCCUAUCCAAAGCCGCCUCCCUCCUCCGCGCCAGCCUCCAUGAAUUCAUCCCCCUCGAAACCGCCCAAACAGGCCGGCCCAUCCGCGAGAUGCGCACCCAACUCUCCCGCAUCCCCGAAUGGCUCGACUACUUCGCCUCUCUUGCACGCGUCCACGAAGGCCGCGUAACACCAUUCAAGGGCGCCGUUACAAACACCCUCACCCGCGUCCCGCUCGGCGUCGUCGUCCUCAUAACACCAUACAACCACCCCCUCCUCAUCGCGAUGAAGAAAAUCGCCGCCGCCCUCGCAGCGGGAAACACAGUCAUCGUGAAACCGUCCGAACUCGCGCCCCUCUCUGUCCUGAAACUCGGCCCGUUAUUCAAAGAGGCGGGACUCCCAGAUGGCACAUUGCAGAUUGUAUCCGGGUAUGGCGCGGAAACGGGCAAAUACCUCUGCGAGAGCCCGCGGAUCUCGAAGAUUGAUUUGACUGGCGGGAUAGGAACAUAUAGGGCUAUUGCGCCUAUUGCAGCGGUGAACAUGGUCCCUGUUACUGCAGAGCUGGGUGGGAAAGCACCCGUGUGUCUGUUUCCCAGUGUGGACGUCGGGGUCGCGGUGAAGGCUGCGCUGUUUGCGGGAUUCAUAGCCAGCGGGCAGACUUGUGUAACUGGGAGCCGAUUGCUGGUUCAUACGGAUAUUUACGAGCCGUUUAAAGAAUUACUGGAGAGGAGAGUGAAAGCAUUAAGGGUCGGCGAUCCGACAGACGAAAAGACGCAGAUUGGAUCCGUCAUCUCUGCUAUUGCGGUUGAACGCUGCGCGGCGUUCGUCUCAAGGGCUACAGCGGAGGGAGGCAAGGUUCUCUGCGGUGGGAGCACUACGACGAUAAACUCCGAAGGAAAGGGGUUCUUUUUCGAACCUACAAUAAUUGAAACGCACGCCAGCUCCGAUCUAGCAAGGAAUGAAGUCUUCGGCCCUGUCCUCGCACUAAUAGAAUGCAAGUCCGAGGACGAGAUUAUCCGGGUUGCAAACGGUACAUCAUACGCGCUGGGUGCGUCUAUAUGGACGAACGACUUCACGCAGGCGCAUCGGGUUGCCGAUAAAAUUGAGGCCGGCAUUGUCUGGAUCAAUGGGCAUCAUUUGAAUGACCCGUCGUCGCCCUGGGGAGGGUUUAAGGAGAGUGGUCUUGGGAAAGAGAAUGGGGUUGAGGCUUAUGAGGCUUAUACGAAGGUGAAGAGCACAGUGAUGAAUUAUGGGGUUGCGCCGGUUUGGUUUGAUGACGAGGUUGAGAACGCGAGGUACGGUUGA